GUUUCGAAUCAGCAUGGACGCCUUCCUUCCGCUCCCGGCCACCGACCUCGCGCUCCACCGCUCGUCAACGCAAGCGAUCGCGGCGCGCGCGACGGCGACGGCCCAGAACCAGCGCCGCCACCCAACGUACCUCAAUAGCCAGGGCUACAAGCUCACGAUGACCAAGCACGGCUUCCAGGCCUUCCAACGCACCUGCCCCAACUCAUCUUUCAUGGAGUUUGUCAUCCUCGGACACUGCGACGCGUCGCUCGACGAGAUCGCCGAGGGGCUCUACGCGUCGACGACGCAGGCCCACCGCACGGUGCAGGCGUUGCUCUACAAGCACAGCUUCCUCGACGGCGCGGUGCUCCAAGUCGCCGACACCAAGACUCUCCAGGACCCGUUCCGGUGGUUUGGCAUCAAGUACGCGCGGCUGCAGCUCCACGCCAUGUUCCAGCCGCGCGACACGGUCUACGCCGAGCUCUCGGGCACGACGGUCGAGGACGGCGUGCGAACGCUGUACCAAGUCCGCCACUCGAUCGAGGCGGACGCCUUUCCGCCGCUGCACAACGUCGUGCGCUUCACGUACGAGAUGGGGUGGGUCUUCUCCGAGCUCCCGAGUGGCCGCGUUCAGUUUAGCAUCGUGGGCCACCUCAAUCCCCAAGGCAAGAUCCCUCCGUGGUUCUUCAACAAGCGAACGGCGCAAAAGCACGCGCUCAACGCCGCAACGUUCUCCGAUAUCGCUCGCCUCCGUCGACUCGUGGAGGCGCCUCCGGCCCCGCAACACCGGGCCCGUGAUCCUGCGUCGUCCCAGCCGUGUCACGUAUGCUCAACGCAGUGCAAGCGGUGGCGAAGCUGCCGCUUCUGUGGCCACGUGGCGUGUAAAAAGUGCACCGUUGUCGUCCCGCAGCCCGUCGCGAUCGCUCGAUCCGUGACGUCCGAUUCAAGCCACCCGAUUGAAAAGGCGGCGUAUUGCAAAGCGUGCUUUACAGCGUCGCGGCUACCGUCGCAGACAAACAUCAGCUGGAAGAGCCCCGACGACGAGACGCGGCGCACAAGCUCGAGCACGCAAGAGUCGAUGGACGUCGCGCUGACUCUUCAAGACUAUGACGCGAAUGGCUUUGCAUCCGACUCACCGCUCUCGGACAUCUCGCUGCUCCUCGAGAGCUACCGUGGCUGGCACGGUGAUACAGCCAUGACCAACCAAGUCGUCCAAGAAGCCCUGGCACACGUCUCGGCAAGUAGCGCGGUCGCCCCGACGAACACGGCGGGCGUUGAUCCGUCGUUCAUGGCGUCCCUCGAGUACCAGCGACGGCUGGUGGCCGAGAUCCAGAAGUCGUUGGCAGCUCAGCAUAGCCAAGCCAGCGUCUGAGACCUAAAUCAACCCUUGUCAACAUGUACUAGUAUACUAGUAUACUCGUC